UACCCAAACACGACGCAUCUAAAUUCUAAAGCCUUAUUUAAUCAUUACCAAAAAAAACACCUCAUUUAUCAUCACUCCCUCUCUCAUUUCACUCAAUUCUUCCCCAAUUCCUCCAAUUCUCCCCUUCUUCGAUCGCACCAAAACCCUAAUUUCCUCCAUAAUUAAACCCUAAACCGCGCAAUUUCUUCUCCCCAUCCCGACAAUAUCUAACUUCGAUUACAUCUUCUUCAUCGAUUUCUGCAUAAUACUUUACACAGUUUGAAAUUUCUCACUGUUUCUUCGAGCUGAAGGCUCUCUUGCAAUUUCUACAAUUCCCCGAAAUUGCUGGAGUUAGGGUUUUCGCAUUUUAAUUGCGAUUUUAAUGAACUGUUUGGGGAGAAUUUUCUUAUGCUGCUAUGCUGAAGAUAAGCAUAAGUUAGCCUUGGUUUUUUUCUCUCUCCUGUGAAUUACUACUGGUCAUUAUUCAUCGACAAACUUUGUUGCUUACUUCACCUGGUGUUUUCUGAGUUAUUUGGAUCGAAAAUGUCGGAUGAUAUGUUGAUUCAUUUCUCUUCAAACUCAUCUAAUCAGUCUGAUCAUUCCUUGCCAACUAAAAUUGCUAAGCUCGAAGCACGUCUGGUGGGCAAGGGUUCGGUUUCGAAUCCGGGAUCCAGCUCAAUGGCCUUACCUGCCCAAACUGUCUGGCCUUCUGCUGGGUCGUCGAAGUUCGUUGCUGUUGAUAGUUUAUUAGAGGCGUCAACUUCUAGUGACUCUGAUGAUGAUGGUGGUGGGGAAUUUCUCAUUCAGGCCAACAUUCGGAAGCGUCAAAAGCUUCAGGAAGACAAUAGAUCCAAUUUGGAUCAUGCUGAGGUUGGCGGUGAUGGAAAGCCAAAGACUGUGGAAGAAAUAUCCCCCAUUCUUGGUGUUGAUACGAACAAGAAAAAACAAGGUCGUGGUAGGCCACAGGGAACAACUGGCCGUGGCCGUGGUUCUAGAUCAAACGAUCAUCCUAAAACCCAAACAUCACCUUCUACUUUUUCUUCUGCAAAUGGUCAGAUGGACAAGUCAAAUUACAAGGAUAUGAGAACUACAGAGUUGUUUUCGAAUGGUGACCGCACUCAGGAGGAUAAGCUUGCUUGCUUGCAAAGUAAAGUUGCCUCUCUGGAAGAGGAGUUGCGCAAGUCACGUGAAGAGGUUUCUAAUUAUCAAAAUCAGUCCUAUCAAUUAGGAAAGGAGCUCAAGGAGCACAAAGAUUGUGAAGAAUUAUUGAAGCCAAAGCGAACAAAAAUCAUAUCAGAUUUGCUGAUAUCUGUUUCAAAAGCCGAGAGACAAGAAACAAGGAUGAAAGUGCGUCAGGAUUCCUUGAGACUCGGCAACGUUGGAGUGAUAAGGGCAGGAACCGUCAUAUCCGAGACAUGGGAGGAUGGACAAGCACUGAAGGACAUCAAUGCUCACCUUAAACAAUUGUUGGAGGCAAAAGAAACAGUUGAGAGGCAGCGGAAGUUAUUGAGAAAGCGACAGUCUGAUAAGAGUGAUGGAGGUGAUAUGGAGUCGGGUGUCCAGGAGGAAGACUUUUUUAUUCAGGAUGAAAUUUACAAGUCUCGUCUAGCAAGUAUCAAGAGGGAGGAAGAAGUGGUAUUGCGGGAAAGGGACCGUUAUGAGCUGGAUAAGGGUAGGCUGAUACGUGAGAUGAAGCGUAUAAGAGAUGAGGAUGGUUCUCGUUUUAACAAUUUUCCGAUCCUAAAUCGCCGAUAUGCACUUUUGAAUCUUUUAGGGAAAGGAGGGUUCAGUGAGGUUUACAAGGCUUUUGAUUUGGUAGACCAUCGGUACGUUGCCUGUAAGCUUCAUGGUCUGAAUCCCCAAUGGAGUGAAGAAAAGAAGCAGAGCUACAUCAGACAUGCCAUUCGAGAAUAUAAUAUUCACAAGACUUUGGUGCAUAAUAACAUUGUUCGUCUUUGGGACACUUUUGAGAUUGAUCAGAAUACAUUCUGCACUGUCCUGGAGUUUUGUAGUGGCAAAGAUCUUGAUGCAAUUCUAAAGGCAACGCCAGUAUUACCAGAAAAGGAAGCAAGAAUAAUCAUUGUGCAGAUAUUCCAAGGCCUUGUUUACUUGAACAAGAGAGCACAAAAGAUUAUUCAUUAUGAUUUGAAGCCUGGCAAUGUUCUUUUUGAUGAGCUUGGAGUUGCUAAAUUGACAGACUUUGGUCUGAGUAAAAUAGUUGAGGAUGAUGUUGGAUCCCAGGGCAUGGAGCUUACUUCCCAAGGAGCGGGUACUUAUUGGUAUCUGCCUCCGGAAUGCUUUGAGCUCAACAAGAUACCACUAAUAUCUUCCAAGGUUGAUGUUUGGUCAGCAGGUGUUCUGUUGUACCAGAUGCUCUAUGGAAGACGUCCUUUUGGUCACGAUCAAAGUCAGGAACGUAUUUUACGAGAAGAUACCAUUAUCAAAGCAAGAAAGGUGGAUUUCCCUACUAGACCUAGCGUCUCAAGCGAGGCAAAAGAACUGAUGCGUCGUUGUUUAACCUACAACCAAGCUGAGAGGCCCGAUGUAUUGAGUAUUGCUCUGGAUCAGUAUUUAAUAUAUGCGAAGAAAUAAUCAGAGCCUAGCCAAUUUUGCGGAGCAUGGGUCCAAACUCCAAAGAGUUCUCUUACUCCCCUUGAGAUUGAAUGUCAUAAUUGUAACAUCUAAGCUGCUGAGGCUUUUCUGUAUAUAUUGUAAAGCUUUUGUAAGCUGUAUAUAUGAAUUCUCCCACCCACUAUUUUCCCUCCGUUCUAAUCUUUGUGUGCCAGUAUUUGGCCUUUUACAACUUUAAUGUUGGUCCCAACUUACCUGCUUUCUGCUCGUGGAAAAAAUGGUAUACUAAGAAAUUUGAAGUUGGUUCAUGGAA